AUGAUUCACGGCAACGCGCACAUUGAAUUCGCCGGCGGCGAACCCAAAAGCACCAACAACCGUAUGGAGAUCACGGCCGCCAUCCGCGGUAUCGACGAAACCCCGCCUGGUUCAGACGUCACCGUGUGGUCCGACAGCGAGUACGUCAUCAAGACCAUGACCCGCGGUUGGAAACGAAAGGUCAACAACGACCUCUGGGACCAACUCGACGACGUAGUUGCCAAUAGGAAAGUCUCCUGGGAAUGGGUGCGCGGCCACUCCGGCGACCCCAUGAACGAACUGGCCGACACCCUGGCCCGUGAUGAGGCUCGCGCAAUUCGCAGUUCAGGCGGCCGAAAGAAGGCCAACAACCGCAGCGACGCCAAACACAAAAUGAUUCGCCUGGUCCUGGUCCAUCGGAACCCGACGAUGGCCAGCGCGCUCACUCUCCUCUUAGAGGAGAACGGUCAGUGCGAAGUGCUCGCGGCGGCAUCUAACGCACAAGACGCACUGGCUGCAGCGCGGCGCACCUCACCGCAGGUCGUGCUCCUGGAUCCUGAAUUGCCGGACAUCGACCUUAAAGACGUGGUCGAUAAGCUGGCUGAGGCCGUUCCUGACGCCAACGUCGUCGCCCUGACAGGGUCGAACGAUCCCGCGUAUCUGAGGAAAGCGAUAGACGCCGGUAUGACUGCGUAUCUCACUACCGCCUCCGAGCCCGCGAACUGA